AUGAAUUUCAAAAACAGCGUUACCCAAAACAAUCGCAACCCAGUAGCUUUGGCGCGUAUCGACUAUUUGAUUGGCGAAAUCACUAGUAAACUUGAAUCUUUAUCUAAUCAUUAUCAUCAUCUUUCCUCGGAUAAUAAUCUUAUAGAAUCAAAACUUGCAGCUGUUAAUGACGAAUUAACCGAGAUUUUAUCGACUCAAAACAAAAAAACACCGGAUCUUGUGUUAACAAGACUUCCUCAUGAAUUGCAACUUAAUGUCUUCCAGUUACUACCUAUCAUUACCUGCUUGCCUUUCACAAAACUUGCAUCAACCGCUACCGCGGCUAAUAUUAGAUCGUACCAUGACGUCUCAAUACUUGGAAUGGCAUGUAUUGGACCUACCUUGAACCAACUGACCGCAUACUUUACUCCAUGGUUUAAAGGAUCGGUUGGUAGAUCUAAGGUGGCCAGUGACCUGCCGAUAACUAUAUCAACAAUAAAGAGCCACCCAUCAACUCAUCCCUUGGGGUUUAGUAAGGCCAGCGGUAUUGGGGAAGAUGAUUCAAAGACAAACCAUCGAGAUCGAGGCAUUACUUUUGAUAUAUCUCAGAAUCAAGAAAUGGAGUUUCUCAUCGGUAUGAAGUUGAAAUACGUGAAAUCUUUGAGUUUUUUAUUUGUUGGUGGUAACUCUUUUAAAUAUCAAGCGGUUGAUUUCAAAGAAUUGAUGACAAACAAAUUCCGAUAUUUUACAAUUGCUGCCAAUUAUCCCAAUAUCGAUAUGUGGUUUAUUUUCGAUAAUGUUCUACUUAAUCGGGGGGCUUUUAGCUUUCUUUGUGAAAUGAUGGAUCGUCCCACCUUAAAGGGAGUUUGGUUUCAAAAAAGUUAUGUGAAUGAACCACCUCCUACUGUGUUGCGUUCGAAUUUCCCAAUUGAUAGUUUUGUUCCUGAAGAUAUGCGAGCUUCUUUUGAGACACAGACCAAUGAUUCAAGGUUGUAUGACUUUCAUGAUAUUGGCUGUCAAUGUGAAAUAUGUUGCCGGUCAAUGGUAGUUGAUCGAAAACAUUAUAUCUUGGAGGUUGCAGGAAAUUUCAAUUUCUAUCGAAUGGGUGAGCGUAUCAGUGAGAAGGCUGGUGGGGUUGAAGAACUCUCAAUGAAGCUGAUGGGGAUAUUUGGAUUGAGUGAAAAUCUUGAUUGUCGAUUUUUUCAAAGCUUGAAGAGUUUGGAUUUGUCAAACAACCAGCUUCAUCAUAUCGAUAUGCUGGUAUUUCUGAAUUUGGAAAUCUUGUGUUUGAACAGUAAUGCUUUUGAUGGGUUUAAUGAUUUACAAAACUUGCAAAACUGUUGGAAGUUGCGAGAAUUCCAUUUGAUGGCGAAUCGUUUAACUGGAUCGCUGGUAUUUGAUGAAGCUCCGGUAAUGAACAAUGUCAGGAUAUUGAACUUGAAUCACAAUCGAAUAUCCGCUUGGGAUUCCUUAGAGUCUAAAUUUCCAAACUUAGAAACAUUGUGGAUGGUGUCAAAUGGGUUAGGAGAAGGUCUUUCGAUGAAGGAAGAUGUGUUGGGUUUGAAAUUGCGAAAUCUUCAGGAAUUGAAUAUUGGGGAAAACUGUUUACCAAGAGUAUUUCAUCUUCAAGGAAGCUUGCCCCGACUCAAGAUUUUGGAUCUAUCAAAUAACAUACAAACCAGUAGCUUGAUGGAGUACCCAGGAAAUUCGUUACAAAUUUUGAGGAUGUCAAAUUGUCUUGUACGAGACUUAGGAUGGUUGGCCCAUAUACCUUUGAAAUAUUCUCAAAUAAGGCACUUAAAUUUCCAAUCAAAUCGCAUUAGAAGUGUGGAGCUGAAUUUGGAGCAUUUAUCAUUGCUUAAUUCCAUUGACUUGAGCUACAAUUUGCUAUUGAAUAUUGGCGAUUUUCAAUUUGUUGGAAAUACAAAUUUGUUGAAAGUUGACGUAACAGGCAACCCUCAAUUGAAAAAAUCGGCGAUUCAGCAAUGCCGAUGGUUGAUGUGA